CCCCUCCCCCGUGGGGCUGUGUUCCUGGCAGCCAGGCUUGCCUGGGAGGGAUCUGCCGUCAAAGCCACCCAGGAAAGGAGGCCUGAUACGCUCAUUAAUAUUCUGAACUAGUGACCCUUCUCUUUCUUUCCACCCCUCGCCUUUCUCUGGGCGCUCCAGCCUCUCCCCGCCGCGGAUGGCUGCAGCCCCCUCCAGCUGAGUCAGUCCUCCCUCCCCGCAGCAUUGCAGCACCUCCGCAGCUCCUGCGCUCCUGCAGCACCCGCUCCGCUCCCGCCGCAGCAUGGCCAGCACCGUCUCAGCCUACAAGGAGAAAAUGAAGGAGCUGUCUCUGCUCUCCCUCAUCUGCUCCUGUUUCCACACCCAGCCCCAUCCCAAUACCAUCUACCAGUAUGGAGAUAUGGAGGUGAAGCAGCUGGAUAAGAGGGCAUCAGGCCAGAGCUUUGAAGUAAUCCUGAAGUCCCCUUCAGAUUUAUCUCCUGAGAGCCCAAUCCUUUCCUCCCCUCCCAAGAAGAAGGAUCUGUCCCUGGAGGAGCUGCAGAGGAGGCUGGAGGCUGCAGAAGAGAGGAGGAAGACCCAGGAGGCGCAGGUGCUGAAGCAGCUGGCGGAGAAGCGGGAACACGAGCGGGAGGUGCUGCACAAGGCGCUGGAGGAGAACAACAACUUCAGCCGCCUGGCCGAGGAGAAGCUCAACUACAAGAUGGAGCUGAGCAGGGAGAUCCGUGAAGCACAUCUCGCUGCCUUGAGGGAGCGGCUGCGCGAGAAGGAGCUGCACGCAGCCGAAGUCCGCAGGAACAAGGAACAGCGGGAGGAGAUCUCUGGAUAAAGGGCUUUUCUACACAUCUAGCACCUGAUUCCUGUUAACAAACCAACCAAUCGACCAACCAACACAUUUCAUUUUGUUUGUCUAGAUGCAGCAUUCAGUUCUCCAUCCCCAUUCCCUGGUGUUCGUCCCUCAGCUACACGCUUCUCUCUGCAUCCCUAAUCGUCAGUGCUUGUGGGGAUUCACAGAUCAUAGGGACCUCUAAGCAGAAUAGCAACUAGUUCACAUGAAAUAGAGAAUCAAUCAGUCGACCAGUCAAUCAAAAAGCUUCUUUGGAGGGUUUUGUCCUUUUUUAAAAAAAAAUAUUUCUUAAACUCAUGUAAAAAAAAAAAUAAUUAAGGUAUUAAUAAAUUCAACCAGCAGUGUCACGGAGGUACAGAUUUUUAUCCGGGCUUUUCCUCCUCUUGGUUUUUGCUCCGAGCCAAAAAUCAGUUUCAGAAUAAUGGGAAGAAAGUGAUUAUUUCUGUGUGUGAAGUUAAAUAGGGAGCAACCCCUUGUUUGCCAGUGGUAGGAAAGAGGAAGCAGAGGGAUGGGUGGCUCAGGAAUCGCAGCAUGCAGAACUCCCAUCUCUUGGCUGUAUCCAGGGCCAGUGCAGGCAGGCAGUGACCCAAAAUCCUCAUGUUUGGGUGACUCUUUGAGAGCAGAGUGAUCCUUUGGAAGCAGGUGAGGGUUUUCACCCCAAGCUUGGUGCCGGGUGCCCCAUCCUGCACUGCCUGACACCCUGGUUACCUGUGGACUGAAGGAGCCCUCUCCCCACCCAAGCAGGGACUGAGAGGUCUUGGACAUUCAGCCCAGGAGAACCAUCGAUGGUGAUUGCACCCCUGGCUCUGUGGGAGCUCUGGGAGAGGGCACUUGGUCUGCAGGCUCUCCAGCACUCCCACAACACAGGAUUUCACUCUGUUAGGAAAGCAGAUCCAGUAGAGACAGUGCAUGGUUGUGAAAUAACCUCUUAGUGAACAGAAUAAUCACCCUUCCCUCUUUCCAGAGGUGGAUGUGGCUCUUUGGCGCCAUUACAGAGCAAACUGCUGGAGAUCAAAUCCUGGAGCUCUUUGUUGAUCUCCCCAAAAGUCCCAGCUGGAUAUGGGAGGGAUCUCUCAGUGGCCAUGUCUUGACAUCAGGGGACUCUGCUCCUAAAAGGAAGGGCUACCUUACUCCCGAACCCCUUGGCCUGGGUUGGGGGCAGGACAGGGCUGUUAGAAAGGUCCUGUGCUGUCAGUGAUAAAAAUAAAAUAAGAUUUAGGGCAAAGAAGGAAACUGAGGGUUGAAUUUCUUACCAGUAGCUAAUGAUCAGUUUAUAGUAGCAGCUGUCUUAGAUAAGCAUCUGUGUAGAGCGCGGCAUCACCGCCAGCAUCACCUCAUCCAUAUAGUGGCGAGAAAUUUUAAAAAGUUUAAAAAAAAAAAUUUAAAAAGUAAUUUAAAUGAAAUGUUUGUGUGUAAGAAAUGGUUGAAACUGUCAAAUGUCUGUGUCCCGCGUUGGUGGGAUCUGAGAAGGUAUCUGCGAGAUAUUAACCCUGUCCUACUCUCUGUGGUGCUGAGUGUUUGCUUGGUGUGUAAUUCUGACCUGGAGCUUGUUGUAAAUACUGUUUUUAGUACUAUGAUUAUUAUGAUUAUUAUUAUCAGAAAUGUUGUACUCAUGAGCAGGAGUUGAAAACAAGAGAAAUGGCCAUUUUCACUCUCUCCUGGGGGCUCAGAAGGAGUCAGGAGGCUGGGCCAAGUGAAGGCAGGCUGUUGGUGGGAUGCUGGACCAGGGAGCAGCUGGAAAAUGAUGGGAUUGGGAGCUGGAGGCAGCUGAGUCCUGCAGGCAGGGCGGUGAGAGCAGGGACGGCUGCUCCUCGUGCUGGGAGGAGAAGGAAGGGCUGAGAGGUGAAAUAGAGGAGAUGCUUCAGUUCUAGUACAUAUUAUUUAGUGUUGACCCAAACCUCCCUGUGUGGGGGUUCCAGGUGACUCCCUGCAGCCCCAGGGAAGCCAGAGGACCGUCAGGUUUGGCAUGUGCUGAAGGAGAGGUGGUCAGUGGCAGAUUGUGCCAGACAUCCUCCCAGACAGCUCCUGAGUCUCUGGGCUCAGUUCCUGCCUGAAUCUUCCCUCUCAGUCCCUUGUGCUGCCUUGCGUCUCUCUCCUCCCCCUCUCUGUAAGCCCAGCUGGGUCUCAGGUGGGGACUUACUCUUGCAAUAUCUUUCCCUGGCAAAAAAAUCCCCUGGGAAACACAGAAUGGCCUGGCAGAUGGUGCUUGUGCAGGUGUGAGCACUGGGAAACUCAUUUUUCUUCCCUCCAUCGGGCCGGUGAGGUGAGGGACAGUGGAUGUGGCUGGAAAAUGUGUUACUGCAGGGUGAGCUCCUGCCUCAGAGGAGCAGGGAUGUGCAGGGGGAGUUUUGCAUCAGUAACAUUAGGCAGCUGCUGCCAAGACACAUUGUGCCAAGGAAACAGCCUCGUUGGUGGGGCCGGAGGCUUCAGGUGUCGCAGAGCCACGUUUGCCUGGUGGAGAUGGAUGUAGUAGGGAUGUUCAGGAGCUUGAUGCUUGUCCAGUGCUACUGGGCACUAUCAGGGAAAUGUGUGAUUGCUUUGGCUGCGCAGUGUUGGCUGGAUGAGGGGUGUCCACCCACUGCUCCAAACCCAUCGUGGCCAGGAGCCGUGCCUGACUGGCAGCACGUGGCACGGGCCAGGAUCGUGGUUAUUCCAUGCCUUUCCAUAUCCCUUCAUGCUAAUGGCUGUGUGCAGCUGCAUAUUUCAUGCCUCAGUUGAGACUAAUCAAGUACCCUCAUUAACAUCCAUACUGCCCCAGCCUCCCUCAUUCCUGGACUGUUCCCAUGUACUGCAGUCAUGGACAUGGCAUGCAACUCCCAACUCCCACAGUCACCUUCCUUCUGGUGGGGCUUGAGGUCCAUUGAUUCCUGUGGGUGUGUGUGAAUCAAGCUCUGUACAGACAGUUUUCAGCCCCAUUUUUGCAGCAGCACAAGGACACAGGACUGUGCCUAGUAGGGAGAGCAUCCUCAGGGCACACGCAGCACCCCUGCCCAGACCAUGAGUGUGGCAGCUGUGUGAGGAAGGAAGUACGAGAUGGUGACAUUAUUCUGUGCAGGUAUAUGCCUCCCAAAGAGCCCUCCUGGGGAAGGGCCUCUAACUCGGGCAAGAGCGAGGAGCUGAAGCGAAAUGAGCUCCCAGCUGGCACCAACAGCUGGGCGAUGGGUGAAGCCACAGAAGAGCUGGGAAAACUGGCCUUGUAGCCCAAAUUACAGCUCUGUGCCCAUGUUAUCCCUCACAGCAGAGCUCAGCUCUGUCCAUAAAUAGGCGCUUCCAACUUCUUCUGGACUGAGCCUGUUCCUUGUCUUAUUAUUUCUGAGUCAUCAAAAAAUCUUGCUCUAACCCAGAUGUGGGGUCCCCUUUGAGUUGACCUUCCAGGGCCGGUGGGAGUUCACGAUUGCAUGCAUCCUACCUCGGGGGUAGGUCGGUCUUGCUGCUCCCUUUUCAAAUGUAAACUUCAGCUUGCUUGCUUUAGCUUAGCCCAGCGUGGCUCUCUGGCCCUGGCUCUGCAAUCCUGUCUCAUGGGGUCCGUUAUAUCCCUCCCAUGGCAUUCCUGUCCUCCUCGCAGUGGCUGUGCACUCGGCUGUGCACACGCGCACAGAAAUGCAUCCGUGGAAACAAUAUAUGCACAUACACUCUGAUACCACUUGAAAUGAGUCAGGGAAUGGCUGUUUACGGUGCUAGAGAUUUCUUACUCUCCAUGCUAGGGACAAGAUGACAUAGCAAGACCAAUAAACUCCACCUUUGUAGUCAAUUGUCGUUAAGUAAAGCAGAAGAGGGGCACUGGCCCACGCCUAAGUGUGGGCGCUCCGUGGUCCCUGGGGUGCAGGGAUACAGCCUGGGGGGCGUGGGACCUGAGUGCAGGGGAUCCCUGCCCCAGCAUCCCCUGUACCUCAGUUUCCCACACCCCGAGACAAGGGGACACGGACACUCCCUGCCCACAGGGACCGCGGGAGAGCCAACGACUCCACGCCUCCAAAGCGCUCUGAAAUGGAAAGUACCAAAGCAUCGAGUUGGGAUAGGCAGCUGUGCAUCCCGGGAGGAAGAGCCCGGCCCGUGACUGCAGGCAGAGGGUUGGAAGAUGACUGCGUGGGCACAGGGCUGAGCCGUGACCCCAGGGCUCAGCAUCCCGGCUGCUCCCCGGGCAGGAUCCGCUCCUCCCGCCGCAGCCGGGGCCACCGUCCCUCGUGCCGGGUGGGAAGCUGGUGCAGUGUCAUGGAAGGACUUUCCAUCCCUAACAGAGCCUUGUCCGGUUCCCUUCGGUCUACCACGUGCAUUUCAUUGUCAACUUGAGGUUGUUGUUGUGCAAAAGAAGUGAUUAUGAAAAAAAAACUAAUAAAGGAAAAAAAAAAGAAAUAAAGUUGGUAUGAAACUGUA